AUGGCUGGCGACAAGUCGGACAAGCCAUGGGAGUACACCCUGCGGAAGUACGUGCUGCUGCUGGCCACCGUGGUGGCCACGCUGACUUACUCCUCGGCGUUCAGCCCGCCGGGCGGAGUGUGGCAAGACACCGAUGCCGGCCACCUCGCCGGAGACCCCAUUAUCCGGGACACGCACUACCGCCGGUACCUGGUGUUCUUCUACUGCAACGCCACCGGGUUCGCCUCGUCGCUGGUGGUCAUCAUCCUCAUCCUCCUCCUGUCCGUCCAGCACGAGGACAUGAGCGGCGCGAGCAUCUGGACGUGGCGGCACACCCUCGUGCCCCUGCGGGUGGUCAUGGCGCUGGACCUGCUCAGCAUCCUGGGCGCCUACGCCGCCGCCACCUGCCGGGACGCGGUCACCACCACGUACAGCACGCUGCUGGUGGUUGGGGUUUUCGCCUACCUCAUGGUCCAGGUGGCGCUGUCGUCGUCGGCGCGGCACAGGGGUGACCAGCAGAUCGCCGCCGUCAGCGGCGACGCCGACGCCGACCGCGAGGUGCUCGGCGAGCGGCCGCGCAAGGUCCUGAUGCUGCUCGCGACGUUCGCGGUCAGCGUCACGUACGUGUCCGGGCUGAGCACGCCCGGCGGCUUCUGGGACGGCUCCCAGGCGGGCCACGCCGCCGGCGACGCUGUCCUGCAGGACUACAACCGCGCCCGCCUGGUCACCUUCUUCCUCUGCAACACCACGGCGUUCGUCGCGUCCCUGCUCAUCAUCCUGCUGCUCCUGGACAAGAAGCUGCGCGCCAACGCCGGCCUGCGCUCCCACGAGCUCUACGGGUGCAUCGUCGUCGCGCUGGCCGGCCUCGUCGCCGCGUACGCCGCGGGGAGCUGCCGGGACGCCGAGACCACCGCCUACGUCGUCGUCCUGGUCGCCGUUAUUCUGGGAUACAUGUUGUUCCAGGUCUAUUUUGCUGUAAAAGUCGUGGAAGCCACACGGAAGUCCAACUUGUGGCAAUGGCUAGUAAGCGUCUAUGCUGCAGCAUCAGGGUGGUUGCGAGCAAUAGCAGCAAGUACCUGUUUCAGGCGACAAGCUCCCGAAGCUGAAAUUGAUAGGGAGGAAGUUAUCAAUGAAUCGAUGGACAAGGCUCGCUCUCUCGUUCUACUGCUCGCCACUCUCGCAACCAGCGUGACCUACCAAGCAGGACUGGUCCCACCCGGCGACGUCUGGCAGGACGACGGCGACGGCCACCUGGCCGGCGACCCGAUACUCCUAACGACGCACCCUAGGCGGUACAAGACAUUCUACUACUGCAACUCGACCGCUUUCAUGGCGUCCCUGGCCGCCAUCGUCCUGGUCCAGCGGAGGUCCGCGCUCAUCAAGCGCCACACGCUGGAGGCCGCCAUGAUCCUCGACCUCUUCGGCCUCAUGGGCGCGUACGCUGCUGGGAGCUGCCGGGACGUGAGCACCUCUAUCUACGUCGUGGCCCUGGCCGGCGGCGUCAUGGUCUACGUGGUGAUCCACGUCAUCUUCUUCACCCUCGACCACGGGGAGAGGAUCGCCGGGCGGCAGCAGGACGACGACAUCUCGGUCGAGAAGCGGCGCAAGCGGCUGCUCCUCUUCGCCAUCCUGGCCGCCACCAUCACCUACCAGGCCGGGCUGACCCCGCCGAGCGGCUUCUGGCCCAAGGACGACGACCAGGGCCACCGUGCCGGCGAGCCGGUGCUCCUCUCCAACUACCCGCGCCGCUACAAGGCCUUCUUCUACAGCAACUCGCUGAGCUUCAUGUCGGCCAUCGCCCACAUCAUACUGCUUGUGAACCCGAACCUGUACCGGCCGGCGAUACGGAGCUACGCGCUCUCCGUCUGCACGGCGGUCGGCCUGCUGGGUCUCGUCGGCGCCUACGCCGCCGGGAGCACGCAGCAUCUCAAGACGUCGAUAUAUAUAUUCGUGUUGGCGUUUCUGGUGAUCCUGCUCAUGGCCGUGCUUUUCGUAGUAGCAGGAAGGAAGAAAGGGAAGAACAAGGGGAAGACCACCAGCAACGUCGCUGACGAGUCGGCCGCCGUUGAAGCGGGCGGUGGGGGCACCGGAGGAGGGAACCCGGUGGCCGGCGACAUCGCAGAGCCGGUGGCGCCCAGGGCUGGAGGAGCAGAGGUCGACGAAGUUAGGGCGAAGGAGAGACACGCCAAGUGCAAAUACCUGAUGCUGCUGGGCAUCCUGAUGGCGAGCGUGACCUACCAGGCGGGGCUCGACCCGCCGGGCGGCGUGUGGCAGAGCGACGGCGACGGGCACGCUGCCGGCGACCCGGUACUCCGCACCAACCGGAGGCUCCGGUACCUCUUCUUCUUCCACUGCAACUCCACCUCCUUCGUGGCGUCCGUCGUCGUCGUCGUCCUGCUGCUGCCCCGGCAGCUGAUGGACAUCGGUUGGUGGCUCACGGUGACCAACGUGACCAUCGUGCUCAAUCUCUUCGGCCUCCUCGGCGCGCACGCCGCCGGCUCGAGCAGGGGGUGGGAGACGUCCGGGUACAUCGUCGCCAUGAUCGUCGCCGCGCUGGCCUUCGUCUUCGUGCACGCGCUUACGUCGUGCUUCGGCAGGACGCGAGGACCAAGGAGCUCGAGCCAUCUGCCGGCUGGGGACGUGCCUCCUCAGCUCAAGGAACCCGGAAGCAUUGGGCGUCGUCAGCCACUUGAAGUUUCGGUGUGA